CUUCUUCGGUGAAGGUCAUUUUCCUAAGAUCACAAAUUUUCUUCUGAUCUCCAACACAAAACCUUAAAUCUCUUUUCUUUUCUUCAGAUUCAAUUGUGUACUCGGACACUCCAGGCUUCAUUUCUGUUCGUUGGUCUUUUCAAGUUUCUCCAUGAAGAAGGUGCUUCAUCGAAGUUUUAAGCCUGCGAAAUGCAAAAUUGCUUUACAAAUGGCGACUUCGCGCCUGAAAAUACUGAAGAACAAAAAGGAUACACAGAUUAAGCAAUUGAGGAGAGAACUGGCUCAAUUGCUCGAGUCUGGGCAGAUUCAGAGUGCAACAAUUCGGGUGGAACAUGUGGUGAGAGAAGAGAAGACAGUUGCUGCUUAUGAGCUCGUUGGUAUAUAUUGUGAACUUCUUGUUGCUCGUUUGGGUGUGAUUGACUCACAGAAGACCUGCCCUAAUGAUCUCAAGGAAGCGGUUGCGAGUGUCUUGUACGCUUCCAAAAGGCUAUCAGAUGUCGCAGAGCUCGCUGAUAUCGUUAAGCAUUUCUCUGCCAAGUAUGGAAAAGAUUUUGUCUCAGCUGCUAUUGGGUUGCAACCAGAUUCUGGUGUGAGUCGCUUGUUGGUGGAUAAAUUGUCUGCUAAAACUCCUGAUGGUCCAACGAAGAUGAGAAUUCUAAUGGAGAUUGCUACGGAGCAUAAUGUAACUUGGGAAGCAGAAUCUUUGGCUGAAUCAGAUCCAAAGGAAACCGUAUUGUUGAGUGGAGUAAGUUCCUCGGUGAGUAGAAUUAACUCGGCUUCUUCAAGAAUCCCAAACAAUCAACCUCCAGACUUUCAAGCUCCAGCUACUGUCAGUGCGUCGCAGAAUUCAUGUGCAAGUGAUGGAAGAUCACCUAGCCGUGAUUUCAACACUGGGAAGACAGCUGAUCACUAUCAUCAAGAUCCGAGACCUUCUGGAGAUAGAACUGAUGGCAGAGAACACAGACCUCCAAAUCCAGGUUAUGGGGAUACAUCUCCAUGGGAAACGGAAUUUGUUGAUGCUACAACUGCUGCACGUGCGGCUGCUGAAUCUGCUGAAAGAGCGAGUUUUGCUGCACGUGCAGCCGCUGAGCUUUCUAGUAAAGAAAGGAUGAGGACGAUGCACUACUCUACAGAGUCGCCGAACUCAUCCUCUUAUGAUAAUUUAAGAAACGAGCCCUCACAUAGACACAAUAGUAGCUCAAAUGUGCAAAGCGGAGGUGUUGCUAAAGAAGAAAAUUUAAGAAGCAGUCACAUGCAAGAAGAGCAUUCUAAGAACACUGUUGAUGACCUACCAGACAAUACUUCAUGGAGGAGAGGUCAUUCUCGGGAUAACUCAUUGGAGAAGAGGCCGAACGACUUCUAUGCUAAAACAGAUAUAGAGAAGAAGCAGCAACCAAGUAUGGAUGAUAUAAGCCGUAGCUGUCAAGAUGAUGUUCAACUCAAGAAACAGUCAAGCCGGGGUUCAUCGGGUUCACAUACAAGCUAUUUUUCCGAUGAUAAUAACGUCGCUUCCUAUAUCCAUGCACCGAGCAUCUUGGAGGAUAACCGGUUUCAGAGCACUGUUAAAGAUACAGAGAGCCAGAAUCACGAUCAUGAUGUUGUUACUGCUCCGGCUUUUGAUGACUAUAGCUCGUAUUUUGAUAAACCUCAAUUCGACAAUGAAGAUGCUUAUGGCGAUGAACCAGAACAAGGAUUAGGAUUUUCAUUGCUUGGAAGCAGCAGCAAGACACCUGAUCAUUUGCCAACAGAGACAAAUUCAUGGGGCUUCAAAGGACACAAGUCUCUGGGACAACCCAGCUCAUCCUCAACCUCACAGGUUCUUGAAAAAGAGAAACCAAGUUUUCCAUUGUUUGAUGAUGGUCCUACAAGUCCUCCAGCUUCUCUGCAUGAGUCUGAGCCGUCUGCAAAGUUUGACGAUUAUGACCGAGGUUCUGAAAGUGAAGAAGACAAUCUGAGAAACAAAGGAAUACAUUCUGGACGUGUAGAAGAAAAGCCAAAGCUGACAUCUGAUAAGUCCUCAAUGUCUGAAGUUCCUGAUGAUUUAGGACGUUACUUUUUCCCCUCAGACUCGGAAGACCAAGGAGAUGAUUCCAAGCCACAAGAAGAGUCCGACGCAGAAACUCCUACAGGUCUGAGAUUUGGACCUCUAGCGGGUGGACUCAAGACUCCCCCGCCUCAUGGAAUGAGCCUGCCAAAAGACAAGAUAUUGUCCAAAUCUGGAAAAGAGCAUGUCCAAACUGAGGCUGAUCCGUCAGGGUCUUCUUCUAGCAGUACCAGGAAAGAUCUUUACCCUGAGAAAUCAAGCAACCCAGACAAAAGACCAAGCUACAUACCUCCAGAUUCAUCUUCUAGUGAUGAUGAAACAGAAAUGGAACUCCCAAAGAGAGUUUAUAUCAGAAAUCAAGAUAGAAUAACUGAGUCAAGAACCCGUCCCUCACAUCUUCAUUCGCGUGUCACCCAUGAUGACUCGAAGGAAGGCAUCCCGAUUCGGGCUUCUAGUAAAACUCAAGAGAGGAGGACCCGUAGGACCAUCCCUGAUUCUUCUGCCUCUUAUUUCAACUCAGUGUCCAGUGACGAUGAAGAUGAGAAAGAAGUCCCUAGAGAUGUUGUACGCACCCAAACCAAGCCUUCUAUUUCCAUCUCACGGAGAACAAAGGGCCAAGAUAGAAGAUCAUCCCUGGUUAAUGCGAAAACCGAAAAAGUCUCACAUGAUCAAGAAUCUCCUCCGAAGCUAAUUUCUGAGGCCAAACGACUGGCUAAGCAACAAGUGCCAGCUUCUUCAAGCUCUCUUCCAAAAACCGACAAAACUUCUCACGACCAAGAAUCUCCUCCAAAGGCCAAGCCGCUGGCUAAGCAACAAGGUUCAGCUUCAACUUCAAGCUCACUUCCAAAAACCAAAGUCUCUCGCUAUCAAGAAUCACCUCCAAAGCAAAGACCAGAGGCUAAGUCACUGGCUAAACAAGAAGGGUCAGCUUCAUCUUCAAGUUCUCUUCCCAAAAUUGUGACAUCACCAGACCCGGAAACUCCGGCGAAGGAGAAAGCUAGCCAUGUUCAUCCCAAGCUCCCAGAUUAUGAUGAUAUAUUUGCUAAACUCGGGGCUCUUCGUCGGUGAACUUCUUGCUCAUCCUCCCGUCUGUUGCUAUAGCUAUACAUUUAUUUAUAUUCAUUGUUUGUUUACUCUCAUUAUUUGGAUUGAUUAUUUGCGUGCCCGGAGGAUUAUUUUUUGCGGCGAUGUACUUCAUUUGUUAUGUACUUCAUUUGUAUGUGUCUAUUUCGUAUCAUGUACAAACAGAUGGUUUUAUAUUUUACGUUUCUUGUAGUGGUGACUUCAAUAUUGACAAUGAAA